AUGAGUACCGCUAGGUUUAUCAAAUGUGUAACUGUUGGAGAUGGGGCUGUUGGAAAGACAUGCAUGCUUAUAUCUUAUACAAGCAAUACUUUUCCUACAGAUUAUGUUCCAACUGUGUUUGACAAUUUCAGUGCUAAUGUAGUUGUGGAUGGUAGUACCGUUAAUCUUGGUUUAUGGGAUACUGCAGGACAAGAAGAUUACAAUAGAUUAAGGCCAUUGAGUUAUAGAGGAGCUGAUGUGUUUUUGUUGUGUUUUUCUCUCAUCAGUAAAGCAAGUUAUGAGAACAUUUCUAAAAAGUGGAUAUCUGAGCUGAGACAUUAUGCACCAAAUGUGCCUAUUGUGCUGGUAGGAACAAAACUAGAUUUGCGAGACGACAAGCAGUUUUUUCUUGAUCAUUCUGGAGCCACUCAAAUAACCACUGCUAAGGGUGAAGAGUUAAAAAAAAUGAUUGGAGCAGUUUCGUACAUUGAGUGCAGCUCUAAAACACAGCAGAAUGUGAAGGUAGUGUUUGAUGCUGCUAUAAAGAUUGCAUUGAGGCCACCAAAGCCCAAGAAGAAACCACGCAAGACAAGGACAUGUACUUUCCUCUAG